CAUUUAAAAAAGGCAUCACGUAGCAUAGUAAUAUAUAAACUGCUAAAACCUAUCGCAAGUCUAUAGGAGUGGGACUUUUACACACAUGCUCCUUAUUGUUUUUAGUAUUAAAGAAAAUCAAGCUGCAAAGGUAUGGCUUCGAAAUUGCCGGCUGCUUCCGGCUUAUAUAACUAUGCAAGAUUAACAGCAAACUCAACCCAUUACGCAAAACGAAUGACCCGCCUAAGUAAUCGGAUCUUUGGAGAAGUUGUUCGACCAACCAGCGUCCAGUCUCAGCGUGUUGUAAAGAUGUUUGCCGAGAAGCCCUUAGAUCUUCGUCCAGAGAUCACGGACUACUAUCCUCGUCACAUAGAAACGAACAGCCUCAUGUCACUCCUGAGAAAGUACGGGCUGUAUCGAGAUGAGCAUCAAGAUUUCAAAGAAGAAAUGAAGAGAUUAAGGAAACUGCGUGGGAAGGGCAAGCCAAAGAAAGGAGAGGGAAAGCGAGCCAAGAAAUAAAGUAUUUUUACGAGUUGAUAAUGGAAGUAGACAUUGUAUAAAGGAGAAUAAAGUAUUUCUAGA